AUGACGCCCGACUUCACCAAACUGGGACGACUCACUUCUCAAGCGGAAUCACAAGACUGGGACAUCAUCGUGGUUGGAUCAGGUCACAAUGGUCUGACUGCUGCCGCGUACCUCGCUGUUGCUGGCAAAAAGGUUCUCGUGGUUGAGCGAGCAUCCUAUGCCGGUGGCGGCGUGGCCAGCUUGCCCAUGGCCGAGCCUGGCUACCUCAGCGAACGACACAGCGCCAUCCACCAGAUGAUUCUGGCCAACCCGCUCAUCACUCACGAUGAGCUUCAUCUUCAGUCCCGCUAUGGUCUGAAGUACCUUCAACUCGACCCGUGCUACGCGAUAGUCAUGCCGGACAAGGUUCUCCCAAUCUACCGCGAACGUCACCGCACCGUCGAGGCCAUCCGUAAUGUUGCCCCAGAGGAUGCUGACGCGUACGAGAGUUUCGUCGAUAUCUCUCGUAAGAUCACCGACCUCCUCAUGCCGUCCAUGUUCGAACCUCCUCGGGAUGACUCGGCCAAAAUCGCGGCUAGUCCUUAUGCCCAGGAGAUCGCGACUGUGUCGGCCAGUCCCUCGUUUGACAUCAUUCAGCGAUACUUCAAGAACGAAAUUCUCCAGGUCGCCCUGCUUCGUUUCGUCACCGAAAUCCAGCUGGCACAUCCUACCACUAAAGGCACUGGUCUGAUGGUGUACCUGGCAUUUGGUCUAUUGGAUAAGUACGGACUCUGUGUUCCUGAAGGGACCGGGUCGGCCUUCACAAACUCGGUCAUUCGUUGCCUCAAAGAUCACGGAGGGGAUGUUUUAUUGGACACCGAGGUUAUCAAGGUUGUCACUGAAGGCGGCCGUGCCGUCGGAGUAAGGACUCGCUUCGGAGAGUUGAGGGCAAAGGAAGCGGUGAUCGGCCAGAUUCAUCCUCACAACCUCGACCAGCUUGUCGACGGACUGGACCCGUCCAUCACAGCACCUGCGUUGAAUACAAGAGUCUCGGAAUUCAGCCUCUUCUUAAUUCAUGCUGCUCUGGAACGUCCACUUCGAUUCAAAGCAGGGCCUAUAGCCGACAAGGCCGUCAUGAACACUUGCUGCCCAGGCAACCUGAAGGACCUGAUUAAGAGCUACGACGACAUGGCUGAAGGCCUGCUACCAGAAAAUAUCAUGAUCGGCUCAUCUUGCGUGAGCUCUGCGGACCCUACUCGCUGUCCGCCUGGAAAGUCUUUGCUUCACUGCGUGGUCAUGUGUAAGGCAGAGCCGGCCGAUGGUGGAUGGGAUGCCUGGGAACGCAUCAAGGAUGACUGGGCUCAGAAAGUUUUCGCCUACUUUUCCACUUAUCUCGAGAACUUCACCCCUGACAUUGUCCGCUCUUAUCACGUCGUCACACCACCGGAUCAUCAGUCAGACAGUCCCAGCUUCCAACGUGGUGAUAUUUGCGGUCUUUCAAUGGCUGCCGACCAGAUGGGACUCAAUCGUCCGACGCCUGCUCUUGCCCAAUACCGAGUUCCCGGUGUUGAUGGCUUCUAUCUCGCGGGGCCUUUCAUGCACCCUGGCGGUGGUGUCUGGGGAGGCGGACGCCCGGUUGCGAAGAGAGUCUUGGAGGAUCUUGGCAUGGACUUUGACCAGAUUUUUGUCAACAAGGCAAAGUCCCAACUUUGA